AUGGCGAAUAAUUUGAUUGCAUUUGCACUGAUCGUGCUGGUAUGUUUGGCCGCGAGCUCUUUGGCUGCCCCCUCGCCAGAUGACUUGGCCAAGUAUGGUGAGUUGGAACGCACGCUGAAGGAGCUGAGUACCUCUAUACUGGCCAUGACUGGUGCUGGAGCAGCCGAGGUGAGCUCCUCUGAUGUGCUGGGCGGUGACAACGAUAAUGCUGGAGCUCUGUCAGACAUGAAUGAGUUUUAGAAAUGAGACGCCUUCCUGAAAAGUUGGCUCAGCUCUGCUUCGCUCGGCUCGGCUCGCUAAAUCGCGUUUAGCAGUU